AUGAGUGGGAGGCGGAGGGGUCCCUUCCCGGCUGGCGGAGAUGCCGCCUCCUCGCCUGGGGAAGCCGGGGGAAAGAAGCGGCUCAAGCGGGAGGUGCGGGCGGAGUUUUCGGCGGCGCUGAAGGAGCCGCUCGCGAGGGAGAAAGUGGCCGCCGCCUGGGCCCGCAGGGAGGCCCUCAAGCACGAGGCCAUUGUGCUGGAUCCUGUUCCCUUCUGCCACUGUGUUAUCCCAAACUUCAUCCAAAACGCGAGUUUCCUAGAAGGACUGCAGAAGGAGCUGUUGAGCCUGGAUUUCCAUGAAAAGAGCAACGACUUGUACAAAUUCAAGCAGUCAGAUGACCUCCAGAAGAGAGAAGAGCCUCACAUUGCUGCUCUAAGGAAAGUUCUCUUUGAGGAAUUCCGGGUGUGGCUUUCGGAUGUGGCCCAAGUCAAUCUGGAGCCAACCAUCGACUUGUCCUGUGCCAAAUACGAAUGUACAGAUGCCCUGCUCUGUCACCACGACGAACUGGAGGGGCGGCGAAUCGCCUUCAUCCUCUACCUUGUGCCACCAUGGGACAGGAGUGACGGGGGCACUCUUGACCUUUUCAGCACAGACGAACACUUCCAGCCUCAGCAGAUCAUCAAGUCGUUGGUCCCUUCGUGGAACUCGCUAGCUUUCUUUGAAGUGUCGCCAUUCUCCUUCCACCAGGUGGCUGAAGUCCUCUCCAAAGACAAGUGUCGGUUAUCUGUGAGUGGCUGGUUUCACGGCCCUUCGGUCACCAGGCCACCACGCCAUGUCGAGCCCCUCCUGUCACGGAGUCCUCACAUUCCUUUUGAUCAUGAAAUCUUGUAUCGCUGGAUCAAUCCGGCGUAUCUAGAGAUGGAGUCCCAGAGCCAGAUCCAAGAGGAGUUUGAAGAUCAGUCUGAGAUCCUGCUGAAGGAUUUUCUCAAGGGAGACAAAUUCCAGCUGGUCUGUGAGGCUCUGAAGAAGGGAGGACCCAAAUGGAACAGCAGGGGGCCCCCUAACAAAAGGUGUUAUGGCAAAGCAGAAGAGGAGAGCCUGCCGGCCAUUUUGAAGGAAUGCAUGGAGCUGUUCCGCUCAGAGGCCUUCUUCCUGCUUCUUUCCAACUUCACAGGCUUGAAGCUGCAUUUCCUAGCUCCUGAGGAGGAGGAGGAAGAAGAAAAAGAAGAAACAGUGGCAGUAGGAGAUCCUUCCAGCUGCACACAAGGAGAGAGCAGCCAAGAGGAAACCAACAGGCAUAAUGGUGUUGGGGAGCCACAGGGAAACUCUGAAAACAAUGGAUGCAAAAACGGUACAAAAAGCAUCCUGACCCAGUCAACGGUCCCUCAGUGCACUGGAGAGCUGAGACAAUGGACUGAAGGCUGCUACACCCUAGUCCACGAUGCCCAGACUACAGAGUUUGCCUUGGAUCUGUUGUUCUUCUGUGGAUGUGGAGGUUGGGAUGUGGAAUGGGGAGGCUUCACUUCGUACAUUGCAAAAGAUGAAGAUGAAGAGCUGCUGACUGUCAACCCAGAGAACAACUGUUUAGCUUUGGUUUACAGGGACCAAGAGACACUGAAAUUCGUGAAAUACAUCAACCACCAUAGCUUGAAGCAGACUGCAACACAAGGCGAGACAACAGGAUUCUGGGAUUUCUGCUUUGUUUAUUAUGAAUAA